CGGCCAAUCAGAGCCCGCGCCGUCCCUGGGCUUUUCACCCAUUUGGAGUUUUGUAAUUGUUUGUCUGCUUUUGGGAGGAAGAAGAAGAAAGAAGAGAAGGAAGAAGACGGAAGAGAGGAAGGAAGAAGAGGAGGCGCCCCCUCAUUGCAGAUCAGGAAACGAUGCACGAAGGAGCCUCGAAAUGAAUGACGCAGAAAGGAAGCCAUUCGGAUCAAUGGAAGAGGAGCGCAGUUACUGGAAAGAGUUGGCCGCCAAAUAUAAAGAAUGUGCGGACAACGCGCAGGAAGAGCUGCGGGAGUUUCAGGAAGGCAGCCGGGAGUACGAAGCGGAGCUGGAAAUGCAGUUGCAGCAAAUGGAGACCCGGAACCGGGACCUGCUUUCGGAGAACCACCGGCUCCGGGGGGAGAUCGAGGCCGUGAAGGAGAAGAUCACGUCCCAACACUCGGAAGGCUACCAUCAGAUCUCGGUGCUGGAGGAGGAGCUGGCCCAGACGAAAGCCAUCAAGGACCAGCUGCAGAAAUACAUCCGCGAAUUGGAGCAAUCCAAUGAUGACCUGGAGCGGGCCAAGAGGGCCACCAUCAUGUCCUUGGAGGACUUUGAGCAGCGGCUGAACCAGGCCAUUGAGCGCAACGCCUUCCUGGAGAGCGAACUGGACGAGAAGGAGACCCUCCUGGAGUCUGUCCAGCGGCUCAAGGACGAGGCCAGAGACCUGCGCCAGGAAUUGGCCGUCCAGCAAAAGCAGGAGAAACCCAAGGCUUUAGCGGAGAGUCCUUUGGAGGCCGCCUCUGUUCCAUCCACCCCUUUGACCUGCAGGACGCCCAGCCUCGGAGUGACGCCUUUGGGAGGAUCAUUCAGGAGAGGUUUGGAGGAGAGUUCUAAUAGUGCGACUCCGCUGACCCCUGCGGCCCGAAUAUCAGCACUCAACAUUGUGGGGGACCUUCUCCGGAAAGUUGGGGCCUUGGAGUCCAAGCUGGCCUCUUGCCGGAACUUUGUCUAUGACCAGGCGCCCUACUACAACAGGAGCCCCUUGGCCACUUCCGGGCCCCAUGGAUGGAGUCCGCGGCCGGUCCGCCUCACAGGGCCAGCGGGGAUGCCUCCGCAAGGCGUUGUCCAGAUGCUGCUUUGAAGAACCGCAAGGACCUGACCGUUCAUUUCGUUGCAUCCAUUUCCAGCAGAAAGCAAUUAAAAUGCAGGAAACGAGAGAGGCAUCAAUUGCUCUAUCUGGCUCCAGCAGAAAAGGGAUGAUGGGAUUGCAGUCCGGAUUUGCAAAACCUGGAUUCCGGGGUCCAUCCGCCAAACGCAAUAAACUGGAUUCUUCCAUCGGAUCUCAUUGCGAAAAGAAGCCAUGAAGGGGGUGAUGGGAUUUGCAGUCCUGUUUUGCAACAACCGGGUUCUCGGGCACAUUUCCCAAACGCAGCAAACUGGAUUAUUCCCCGUUGCAGAAAAAGACGCAAACGGACGGAGGGAUGGGAAGCUAUUUCUUGCCAAUAUAGUGACAUAAUUUGGGGUUAUUUUGCAAAUCGAGAUUGCUUUUAUUUUGCUUUUAAAGGAAAGCAAAACCCAAUGUUGCAAACCCCUUUGGAUUUAGAUAUUUUUAAUACAGAAUUCCUAGUUCACUGCA